GGCUGCUGGAAGGAGCCGCCGGGGCGCUUGGGCACUCCCGCCGCCACCAGCCUGCACUGACAGCCGGAGAGCCGCUGGCUCCGAGGCGGCGUGCCGCUGCUGGGUGCCUGGGACCCCCCGCCGCCCCAGCCGGGUCAGUAGCUCGCUGCCCAGCGCUGGCAGAAGGCGUCGCCUCCCGAGUCUCCCGGCUUGCGAAGAGUCUCCCCCGCUCACCCCCCAGAAGAAGGGAUCGCUGGGGAGAAGAACGCCUGCCCCUUCGCUCCGCCACCGGCCAGCUGCUCCAGGGGUUAAGAGGGCAGGCGGGGAGGGAUGAAGCUGGGGGCCCGCUCCCCUCCUUCCUCACCAUCGCUUUCCCUUCUUCCUCCGCGCAACAGACAGCUCCUUCUCCACCGGCCGGCCCUUCCCUAGGAGAGUUCUUCCAGCAGCCUGCCGAAGAAAGCCGGAAAGGAUUUUUCUCCUCCUGCUCUUGUGGCUUCCUUCUUAGUUUGUCCUUCGCUUUUUCUUUUUUCAGCCUGUUUGGCAAUGGCCGGGGUAGGGACACUUGGGAAAGGAUCAAGUGUGGGAAAAGACAGAGGAAACCGGAGCUGAAUGACAGGAUGCAGGAGACUUGAGGAGAUACACACAGAAAGGAGUGUUGUGUUUUCUUUUCCCCGUACUACCUGCCGGACUGGCUGCUGUGCUGCUGCCCCUGUGCCACUGACCCGGCAUCUGAGCUUAACCUGCCCUGCCGGAGGAUUUAAGAUCUAAGCGGAAUUGUGUGGCAAGAGGGUGUUUUCUUUUCUUCAGUCCUCCUGCGCGAGACAGGAACAUGGAUUGGGGACUCCUCUUGCAUUGUGUAGCCCUCACUGUCACCCUUGGCAGAACAUUGAAGAGCGAUAAAUGUGGUGAAAAUAUAAAAAUCGUCGAGCCUGGGUAUCUCACUUCUCCUGGCUACCCUAAUACUUAUCAUCCAAGCCAAAAAUGUGAAUGGCUGAUACAAGCUCCUCAACCAUAUCAGAGAAUUAUGAUCAACUUCAAUCCUCACUUCGAUUUGGAGGACAGAGAAUGCAAGUACGAUUAUGUUGAAGUGAUUGAUGGAGACAAUGCCAACGGGCGAGUAUGGGGAAAGUAUUGCGGCAAGAUUGCACCCCCGCCUGUGGUAUCUUCAGGACCAUACCUCUUCAUCAAAUUUGUCUCCGAUUACGAAACUCACGGAGCAGGGUUUUCCAUUCGCUAUGAAGUUUUCAAGAAAGGACCAGAAUGUUCCAGAAACUUUACAUCAAUGAGUGGGGUAAUCAAAUCUCCUGGAUUCCCUGAAAAAUAUCCCAAUGGCCUUGAAUGCACUUACAUUGUCUUUGCACCAAAGAUGUCAGAGAUCAUACUGGAAUUUGAAAGCUUUGAACUGGAGCCAGAUUCAAAUCCUCCAGGGGGAGUGUUCUGCCGUUAUGACAGAUUAGAAAUCUGGGAUGGAUUCGCUGAAGUUGGCCCUCACAUAGGCCGAUAUUGUGGGCAGAACACACCAGGCCGUGUCCGCUCUUCAACUGGCAUUCUCUCCCUGGUUUUCUACACCGACAGUGCAAUAGCAAAAGAAGGUUUUUCUGCCAACUACACUGUCUUGCAGAACAGUGUGUCGGAAGAUUCCCAGUGCAUACAACCACUUGGAAUGGAAUCUGGUGAAAUCCAUUCUGACCAAAUCAGUGCCUCUUCUCAAUAUAGCACCAACUGGUCUUCUGAAAGAUCCCGCUUAAAUUACCCUGAAAAUGGAUGGACACCGGGAGAAGAUUCCAUCAGAGAAUGGAUACAGGUGGACUUGGGCCUUCUCCGGUUUGUUUCUGCCAUUGGAACGCAGGGAGCCAUCUCAAAAGAAACGAAGAAAAAAUACUAUGUGAAAACAUACCGUGUAGAUAUCAGCUCCAAUGGAGAAGACUGGAUUUCACUUAAAGAUGGAAAUAAACCUUUGGUGUUUACAGGCAACACAAACCCAACUGACGUGGUAUACCGAACUUUUUCCAAGCCAGUUCUGACACGCUUCGUGAAAAUCAGACCUGUAACCUGGGAAACUGGGAUUUCCCUAAGGUUUGAAGUAUAUGGCUGUAAAAUUACAGAUUAUCCUUGCUCUGGCAUGCUGGGUAUGGUAUCUGGCCUCAUCACCGACUCUCAGAUAACAGCAUCGAGUGAAGUUAAUCGAAACUGGAUCCCCGAAAAUGCUCGUCUUAUAACAAGCCGCUUAGGCUGGGCGCUCCCUCCAACCACUCAUACAAAGGAAUGGCUCCAAAUAGACCUUGGUGAGGAGAAGAUCGUGCGAGGCAUAAUUAUUCAGGGAGGCAAGCACAGAGAAAACAAGGUCUUCAUGAGAAAAUUCAAAAUUGGAUACAGCUACAAUGGAUCAGACUGGAAAUUUAUUAUGGACCCAAGCAAAAGGAAGGUCAAGAUUUUUGAAGGAAACACCAACUACGACACACCUGAGCUUCGUGUUUUUGAGCCUACAACAACCAGGUUUAUUCGUGUCUACCCUGAAAGAGCCACACUGGGCGGGUUGGGGCUGAGGAUGGAACUGCUGGGCUGUGAAAUUGAAGUGCCUACCUCAGUCCCCACCACCCCGGACAGCAAUCUUGUGGACGAGUGUGAUGACGACCAAGCAAACUGCCACAGUGGAACAGGUGAUGACUUCCAGUUGACAGGCAGUACCACAGCAGUGAUAACAGAAAAGCCGACAGCAAUAGACAUUACAGUACAGCCAGAGCUCCCAGCAUAUGGUUUCAACUGUGAAUUUGGCUACAGUUCUCAGAAGACAAUCUGCCACUGGGAGCAUGACAGCCGUCUGGACCUGAAGUGGGCAGUGCUCACUAGCAAAACGGGGCCCAUUCAAGACCACACAGGAGAUGGCAAUUUCAUUUACUCGCAAGCUGAUGAAAACCAGAAAGGCAAGGUUGCACGGCUCAUCAGCCCUAUCGUCAACCCACAGAACUCUGCGCACUGCAUGACUUUCUGGUACCACAUGUCUGGUCCCCAUGUUGGUACUCUAAGAAUUAAACUGAGGUAUUCCUCGCCUGAAGACUAUGACCAAGACCUCUUGACUCUGAGUGGAAAUCAGGGGAACUGCUGGAAAGAAGGACGCGUUCUUCUUCACAAAUCUGUGAAACAUUAUCAGGUGGUGGUGGAAGGAGAAAUAGGAAAAGGAAAUGGAGGAAUUGCAGUGGAUGACAUUAACAUUGACAACCACAUAGCACAGGAGGAAUGCAGAAAGUCAGAUGAUGCAGGAAAUGAAAUAGCUGAAGAAGAGCCAGAUAUUAAUCAAACAGGGUCGACACCUGAGAACCAUGAAAACGGAGAGCCCUACAACGAUAACAUCUCCAGAAAACCAGGCAACGUGCUGAAGACGCUUGAUCCCAUUCUCAUCACCAUCAUAGCCAUGAGUGCAUUAGGGGUGCUUCUAGGAGCCAUCUGCGGAGUCAUUCUGUAUUGCGCCUGUUGGCACAAUGGGAUGUCGGAGAGGAACUUAUCCGCAUUGGAGAACUACAAUUUCGAACUUGUGGAUGGCGUGAAAUUAAAAAAAGACAAACUGAACACACAGAAUACUUACUCAGAGGCGUGAAGGUGCAAGAGCAGCUGACGAAGUUUUGGAGAAAUUGAGACAGAAGGACAAAUCACUAGCUUAAGCUGGGAACUGUGGAUCUUCUUUUACUGUACAGGCUGAAAUCUGCGUUGAGGACGCUGAGCCAGGCUUUUCUCAGGAGCUUCAGUGAGUGUACCAGAUAUACUAAAACAUGGACAACCAUCUGUGUUAAACAAUCUGAAUCAUGUACAGUCUACUUCUGUUUCUAAUUUGAAAUAAUCCAAUGCUGGUGUUGAGACCAAGUAUGAUUGGCUUAAGAGGGGGUGUUUUGUUUUGUUUCUGUCUUCCCUCCUUCCCCGGGUUUGUUUCUUUCCCCUUCUAUGAGGAUGUUUUAUUUUUUACUGUGCAAAAAUCCAAGAUGCUGUCACAAAGUGUAUUUUGGUGUGUGGGGGGUCCUUUGGAGGAACAUGCUGUCUGUAGCUGAGUGCCCAGAAAAAAAUAUUGGAGUAACAGCAACUUAGUUGAUUCCUGAACCUAUAUUUGUGUAUAAUUGCUUGUGUUGUGCAUAGGCAAGGAAAGGGUUAGGGUGUUUUUGAAAAGUACUGUAGCAUCAGUACUGGUAUAGUGUGUCAGCUCUGUUUACCAAGCAAUACAGUCAGAAUUUUAUUGGUGUUUCUCAGUGUUGUACUAAACUUUGUGCUUGUGACUUCCAUACAAAAAAAUAUGUGCCAUCAUCCAGAAACAACCGGCAAACCAAGUGAACUGCCUAUAACUGUAACAAAACAAAAACAAGAGUCCUUGGCACUGGCUAGUGUAUGUCCUCUCAAGUGCCUUUUUGUUUGUAAUGCUUCUUGUUGUGUUAACAUUAACAGCUUUGUCUCCCUCCAGUUAAAUACCUUGUCCUUUUGUUUUGGUUUGGUUUUUUUACUUAUCCUGAGGACUCACUGACUAACAAGAAAGUAUAUUUUCACGUAAGUAAACCUUGAGAAGGCAAGGGCUAAGGAAAUCUGACAAUUGGGUGGCUUGAUGCUUCCACUUUCUGUACUUCAGUUUCAUGUCUCUGGACCAUUUUUGUACAAAGCUGCAAUAUUUCCCCCUCCCUUCUCCUUUUAGAGUUCUUUCAUAUAGAAUGUAUUUUCAAAUAUAAGCGCUCUCUCUCACUCUCCUCUUUGUCUCUGAGUAGCUUGUUGCAUAGGCAUUUGCCACUGUCAAGGAAAGACAAAUGCAGCUUUAAUUUGCUGGGAAUGGCAAGAACAAUUUUAUUAGACUUUCUGUUUGUUUUUUAAGGAAAAAAAGCUAAGGGAGAUUUCUUAACUUUACCCUCCAAAGUUGAACUUUGGGUUUCUUGUUAACAGCAUAAAGUGACAGUAUCUUUUUUUUUCUUUAGUAAGUCCUUACAUAAACCUUUUUUAAAAUUCUGCACAAGGCAUUCAUAUUAAUGGAAUGCAAUAAGGGAUUUUCUGUUGCUAAGCUCUUUCCGUCUACCAAGGCUAUCCAGUAUAAUCUCUGUGUAGAAACGUUCGUGCUAAACUGGGUUAUGCUGAUGCUGCUACAAUCAGAUGGUGCUGUGUUGGCUUGCCCAACACUGAUUUGCUAAAUAAAAAUCAUUCAUACUAUACUGGGUUAAAACAUCACCAACUGAAUACCCAUAAAAUCCUAAAUGCAAGAAUAUGCCAGGCCAGAGUUAACCACAUGAGAGUUUGGCUCCAGAGAGGUCUUCUUCUAGAUAAAACAAACCACUGUCUAUUUUAUCAUCUUCCCUUCCUUUUUUCUAGAAGCAGGUGAUUUCAUGUUUAAAAAGUAUGUCCACACAAAGAGACAGAUAAUGGAUGCAAUAUAUUUAGGAAUUAGAUUACUCCCUAAGACAGACAGAGUGCAAUCCUUAAAAGGUCUAUUCAAAACUUUCUAAAGUCUAUUUCAUGAGUCUUACUCCCAGGAAAGCAUUCUUUGGAUUGCACCAACAGGUAUAAAUGACAAUGAUACUAGUAACUGCAAGGAACUACAAGGCAAUUUUGCCACGUCAGUUUUGUGUGGUGAAUAUUUUGCUAAAAUGCAUCCUCACGUGGUGAGAGUCGGUAUUUACCGUAUCAGAAUGAACUCUUGGAAACAAGGGUUUGCUCUGGGUGUGGUAAAUCCGCAUUACCACCCAAGAAGGUUGUGCUCAACCUAAAUAUUUAUUCACCGUGAGAAAAGUCACUCUGUAAAAAAAGCAUCAUGAGAAUCAGACCGGCAAUAAUUAGGAUGCCCUGCUAGUUAACUAUCCCAAAGAGAAGAUCAAGCUCAGUUUUCAACUGCACUUGUUUCUUGUAAUGUUCAUUUGCAAUCUGCAAUAAUCUAUGUCUCCUUGCUUGUCAAAUGAGCACCUUAAGACAUGCAAACAUCACUUUGAAAGGAUAAGCCAGUUUGGUAUAGUGGUUAAGAGUGGCAGGACUCUAAUCUGGAGAGCUGGGUUUGAUUCCCCACUCCUUCCCUUGAAGCCAGCUGGGUGACCUUGGGUCAGUCACAGCUUCUCAGAGCUCUCUCAGCCCCACCCACCUCACAGGGUGAUUGUCAUGAGGAUAAUAGUAACAUACUCUGUAAACUGCUCUGAGUAGGCGUUAAGUUAUCCUGAAGGGCAGUAUAUAAAUCGAAUGUUAUUAUUAUUGUUGUUGUUAAAUUUCAGCACAAAUACAUGCAUUUCACAGAAUACCAGAAGCAGUGGACUCUGGCAUGCCUCUAGGUAUUCAAACAGGAUGGUUUCACCCAUGCAUCUAGAUAACUAUCUCCUUACUUACUUGAUGACUUCAAGAGAAAUGUGUGAACUGUCUGUAUUGGAAAGUAUUGUGUGAACUGAUGCCUGGUGCGGUGAAAGUUUGAUCUGUUGUGACUUGUUCACACAUACAAGUAAUUGUUUGAUGCUAUAUUCAACAUGUGAUAAAUUCACAUGUAUAAAUUGCCCUGCGAAUGACAAACUCUACUAUUUGGCAUUUAUUUAGUUCAAAACAGUGUGCUAGGCAUUGUUCAGAACCCAGAAGCGACAUGUUCGGUGCUGGAGAAGACAUAAAAUCACUAAAUCCUUUUAAAUGAUCUUGCAUGGAUCUUAAGUUGCACAUAAGAAGAAUUCUAUCACAAGAAGCUCUCAGCUGACAACAUGGAAAUGUAUUAGCACGAACGGGCUUCUGCAUACUUAACGCCCACAUACCCCCCGUUGGAAAAAAAGAAUCAAACAUUUCGAUUUGUUUUAAUAGAUGUGGGGGGCUCAGCUGUUUGUUUUGUUCUAGUUGGAACAGAAAUGCUUUUGGCUGUGAUCCAUUUGCUGCUGUGUAUCUGCCAUCCGUUUCAAUACGUACCAAUGAAACCAAGUUGUACAAGACUGGUGCUUGGUGCCUGGCAUCUACUUUUGGCUCCUUUCAAAACCUUGCUGUGCCAGCAUGUUAACACCUAUGUGAAGCACAUGUGCUUGCUGCAUCCCUCUGAACAUCAGGAUGGGGACAUUAGCACGGCAAGCAGAUAUCUGAAGCCGAGUGCGUCAAUCACAUGCACAAACAAAGGAGACCCCCGUCAUAGCAGGCAUUUAAUGUUAAAUCAGGAUUCCAGAUUCCAGAUUUCUUCAAAAGGGGAUUGAAUGAAAAUUGCCCUUCAACCAAGGAAAAACGAUACUGCAACUUUAAGUGGGAAAAGGUAUCUUGCACUGAUAAAUAUAUUUAAAAAUUAUAUGUUUAUAAAGUUAUUAAUUUGUAAAGGCAGUGUUACAAAAUGUUCAGUUUAUAUUGUUUUAGAUUGUUUCAUAAUUUUGAAAGUGUAAAAAUAACAUAUUUUUUUCUUUCUCAAAAAAAACCUAUAAAAAACUUCUGUAGUAAAAUGAUUUCAUUUUACUGGUAUAAUAAUUGCUUCAUGUUUUUGUAUCAUCAUAAAAUUUUGUGCAAAAUUUUUUUACAGAAAUUUUUUAUUUUCUAUGACAAUAUGACACUUUUAAAUUGUUAUUUCAAAAUGAACAGCAAAGCCUUAACUUUAAAUGACGUUUGUAUUCUCGGACACUGAGUAGCAUUUAAAAAAAAACACAUAGGAUUGAAUUGUAAUUUAAAUUUCCAAAACAAUGACUACUACAUUCCAAAGAAACAGUUGAAUUAAACGUUUUCAUAAAAUA